AUGUAAUUACCUUGCGUAUCCUUGUUAAGGCAUGGAAGUGUGCUUGUUGUGGUAAUUUUUUACAAAAGAUAAUAAAACAAAAUAAAUAUGGCUUUAAACAAAUCUUUGACGGCACGGGUUUUGUUCGGGUGCCUGAAGGAAACACUCUCUAUGAGUUGUUUACCUGCAUCUGCACUUCACACGACAAAUACUUGCGCAAACUCAAACAGGACAUCAGUUGUACGAUGUAACAGACAGAAGUUCGAAAGGAUGUAUCCAGUUCUGCUUGUGCGUCCGGAUGGUUCUACCAUCAACAUCAGAUAUAAAGAACCCAAAAGGAUACUCAUGAUGCCUGUGGAUAUCAAUACGCUUUCAGAGGAGGAGAGGAAAGCCAGACUGCGGAAAAGAGAUCCUAAGAAAGGACCUGCUAAACAAGAGAAGGAUGAAUUUGAAGAUGAUUUCAAAGUGGAUGACUACAGCAAAUUUUGGAAAAAGAAGUAACAGGACUAAAAUCCACGAUACUUAUGGAUGGCUCAUUUCAGUAUAUUUAUACAGUCUCAUAUGUACACAAUCUGUUGCCA